AUCGGGGUAUCUGCAAGUCAGGACCUCUUCAUUUCUUUUCUCACUCUUUUCUCUUAUUCUUCUAUUCUCUGACAAAUCGUGCCAUCUCUGGAAGAAGGUCGUUACGGUCAUUAUCUAUUUUAUUCAUUUUCUUCACUUUCGUUAUUGCAAAUUUUCAGUUUCAUCUUCAAAACAUCGGUCUCCGAUCACAUAUCAUCAAAAGCGGUCAAGAAUCACAUUCGAACAAUACAAUCACCAACUUCGGUAUUCAAGCUAAUAGAGAACAAUAAUUUGAGGCCGGCCCUCCCUUGCAUAGAACGCCUUUCGACCUGUCGAUCACGCAAACAAAUCUCUCUCAAUAACGCUUUUACCGACUUGGUUUAUUAGACGACAAAAUGGUUUACCUUACCGCCAAAUUCAUUCACUUCUUUCUUGUACUUGUAACGUUGGGUUUCUUUGAUCAUUCACCUAUCGCAUCAUUCGCAAAUGCUGCACCCACUGGAGCGGCAAAUGUUCCUGCUCGAGUCGGAAUCGUGAUUAAGGAAGCCGGAGCUGGAACGGGUGAUUCAACGGCAGCAAGCUCACUCGCACCUUCAAGACGUGGUUCUUCUUUCGAACAAUACGAUCUUGCUGUCAACAAAGAUGCCGUCAAGGUUCCAUUGGAACAUGUUGAUGCUCGCGAUACUACAAAAGUUCAUCCAUUCAUGUUAUUUCAGCAACAUAUGAAUCGGGCAAAUGUCAAAUUAGCAAAGAUGCAAAAACGAUCACCUCCUUCUCCCGAAGAUCUCACUAGAGCGCUGUGGAACAGACGUAGAUCCAUCGAAGCAUCUUAUGGUGGUCAACGUAGAUUCGAAGAGGAAAUCACCAUCGAUCCUCUCGAUGUCCAAAAGCGAGAGGAUACUCUGGGAGCAGGCACGAUGAAACAACGCGCUUUCAAAGCUUCCACCUCCAACCUACCUUCCUCUCACGGUCGUAUAGGUGUCAAACUUAUUCGAGAAUUGCCCUCCGUGUCUGAAGAACAACAUGAUCAUCAGAAAAGAUUGUGGCCAGGCGUUCUCAGCUCAUUCACCAACGGUGAAAGCAAAAAUGAUGAUAGUAGCAAAGCCAAUGAGAAUGCGACCAAAACAGGUUCUCUUGGAUCAGUGCAGCCUUUAGCAAGUGCAAAAGCGCAAGCAAAUCAAUAUGCAUAUUCUGAUACACUUUUGAAAGCAUCCACUCCCACGGCAGCAAAAAGUCUUGGUUUAGCUAUCGAAGCAAACAACAUUGGUUAUGUGGCAACUGUGCAAUUCGGUGCCAAAAAGACGCCAUUCAAGAUGUUGAUCGAUAGUGGAAGUGCAGAUACCUGGGUCCCUAGCUCAAAGUGCAACGACUGCGGUAAAUCUCAACAAAGGUUAAGCAAAUCAGUUUCCAACACUCUUCAAACGAGUAAGGAACAAUGGAGUAUCACUUAUGGAACCGGAAAUGCAAAAGGUUAUUUGGCUACCGAUGAUCUCUCAAUCGCGGGCAUGGACAUAAAAGAUUACAAGUUUGCUCUUGUCACUCAGGAGUCAGAUGAUUUCAGUAGUUCUCCUUUCGAUGGUUUGAUGGGAUUGGCAAAAGAGAUUUUAUCAAAUUCUCGAAGCCCAACGCCUAUUGAUGCCCUCUACAAUGAAAAGUUGGUCACUGCACCCGUAAUGGGAUACAAGCUAGGAGAUGCUACUACUGCCUCUGGUAAGCGUGCAGCUGUGAAAGAUGGAGAAGUAACGUUCGGUGGUGUUGAUUCUGGAAAGUAUACUGGGCAACUUGUUGAAAUUCCAAAUGUUUCUCAACAGGGCUUCUUUGAAAUUCCAAUUCAAGGUGUUUCGGUAAAUGGUAAAUCGAUCGCAAGCCUUUCUUCUGGUCGUACAUCCAUUUUGGACACAGGUACUUCUCUCAUGGUCGCUCCUCAACAAGACGCAGAAGCCGUUCAUGCUCAAAUUCCAGGUGCAAAAUCUGACGGUCAAGGUGGAUUCACGGUCCCAUGUACGACAAAUUCCACCCUUUCGUUCAAAUUUGGUGGAGAAGAAUGGCCUUUGCUUCCGCGUGAUAUGAUCUUUGUUCCUGUUGAUGCCAAUAAUCCUAAAGGUGAUUGUAUUUCUUCUUUGGGCGGUGGUGAUGUUGGUCAACAAGGUGAAUGGUUAGUAGGAGCAGUAGCAUUGAAAAGACUUUAUUUCGCCACAAAUGCACAAAAGAACGUGAUUGGAUUGGGUAAAUUACGCAAUCCUGGCCAGUAAAUCAAAGCUUGCCGAUGAGACUG